CGCUCGCCGAUCAGCCAGCCACACAGAUGCGCAGUUUGUUUCGUUCUGUUUCGGCGAAUGGCUGUACGGGAGGAUGUGUAGCUAGCUACUUUGUGAUUCUAGCCGGAGCUACCAAAUAUAAAUAUUUUAAAACGCUGGGGACACCUACAAGUUAAAAUGGACCAGGAGUUUAAGGAUAUGGAUUCAGCAGGGCAAUGGCAGAGCCUGUACAUUGAAAUUCGCGACCAGUCUCAUGAGUGUCCUUAUAAAGUGGCAAAGUUUCCAGAGAAUCGGAACAGAAACCGAUACAGAGACGUCAGCCCAUAUGACCACAGUCGAGUUAAACUAGAAAAUUCAGAAAAUGACUAUAUUAAUGCGAGCCUGGUCAUAGUGGAGGAAGCCCAAAGAAGCUACAUAUUAACUCAGGGCCCAUUGAGAAACACUUGCGGCCACUUUUGGUUAAUGAUCUGGGAGCAGAGGACGAAAGCCGUCAUAAUGCUGAACCGAGUCAUUGAGAAAGGAUCGGAAAAGUGCGCGCAGUACUGGCCGACACAGGAAGAGCGGGAAACGUCCUUCAGGGACACGCACUUCGUCGUGACGCUGCUUUCGGAAGACGUCAAGUCCUACUACACGUCGCGGGUGCUGCGGCUGCACAACACCAGCACAGGGGAGUCCAGAGAGAUCUUUCACUUUCAUUACACCACGUGGCCGGACUUCGGGGUCCCGGAGUCCCCCGCCUCCUUCCUCAACUUCCUGUACGAGGUGCGAGAGUCCGGCAGCCUGGCCACUGAGCACGGGCCUGCGGUGGUUCACUGCAGCGCCGGGAUUGGUCGCUCGGGGACAUUCUCACUGGUGGACUCCUGCCUUGUCCUGAUGGACAAGAGGAAAGACCCCUCCUCUGUGGACAUUCAGAAGGUGCUGCUCGACAUGAGGCAGUACCGCAUGGGGCUGAUCCAAACGCCGGACCAGCUCCGCUUCUCCUACAUGGCUGUCAUCGAGGGAGCCAAGUGCAUCCUGGGAGAUGACUCUGUCCAGACACAAUGGCAGAAGCUCUCCAGGGAGGACCGGGAGCCGGCCCUGGCCCUGCCCCCUCAGCCCCCCAAGAGGCCCACGGACAAGCUCAACGGGAACAGAGUGCCCCACGCCGCGCUGGACGCCGAGCUGGACGCCGAGCCCAACCACGAGAGGACGGCGGUGACGGGCGUGGCCGGGAAAGAGCAGGACUUCGACGAGGGCAAGGGAGGCGUUCGGAAGCGCCACAGGGAGGAGAGGAUCGCGGGCACGGCGCAGAAGAUCCAGGAGAUGAAGCAGAGACUGAGCGACUCGGAGAGGAGGAGAAAAAGGUGGCUGUACUGGAAACCCGUUCUCUUGCGUGCCGGGGCCGGCGCGCUGGUAGCCGUCGGAUUGUACGUGUGCUGGAGAAUCUUCUCCUCCCAGUAGAGCGGCUCCUGAGAUUCUAUCGCGCACAGACUGGGUUUUUCUUUCCUUUCAUUUCUUCUACUUCCUCUUUUUUUUUCUUUUUCUACUUCUUUUUUUUUUUUUUCUUGCGCCGGUACCUGAACGAUGGUGUGUUGUACGCGGUGCUGGCGGUGUGUGCAUAAUCAGAAUGGGUUUUUCCUCGAGGUCUGGAGUCCAACAGCGCACUAGACGGAACCAUGAUUCAGUUUGAGGUUCCAAGUCUAUAACAUCUCAGGUUUUUUUUUUUGGGCGCAGGUUGCGGUGUCUCCCAAAUGUUAACAGGCGUCAGGUGCCUGUGGUUUCAUAGGCAUCGUGGAGCUGAACUCUAUGGUGUGGGGGGGUGGGGGGUGUGUUUUUAUCCAUGUCCCUAAAGCCCGUGCGGACGCAGAAUGCCCUGAUUCAUCUUCAGUCCAUGACUGGAGGCAGCGCUUGCGACGCUCGCAGCCUGCUGAUUGGACAGCCGAGCGAUUUCGCCGGUCAUGCGAUGUCGUGGCGAAGGCCGGCAGGUUGCUCCUGCUCCUGCUCCUGCUCGUGUCCGCUCCGGGCUUUCGAUUUACCCGUCCCACGCAGAAGAUGAAAAAGCGUGACCCGUAGAUAAACGGCGUGGGGGGACUCUUACGGUGGGGGAUCCUUUGUUCAGCGUUUCCUGGUCUGUUCCGUUUCCGGCGUCGUUGAAUAUAUUUUUGUAUGUUUUCUGAGAUUACGAUCAAGCCUCUGGUAGGCGCGUACAUCCAAAACGCUCUUGACUUGAUGAACGGGCGUUAUUGUUGUACCGUUUGUACAUGCUGGAUGAGCUUAAUAUUCAAUAAACCUGCCCUGUCCUCCGCUCCAGUUGUCCAGCCAUUUAAGAAGUUCGAGUUCACAUAGACCACAGGCCCUGGAGAGCCAGAGGGGAUGCUGGGUUUUGUUGUCACUCUGCACUUAAUUGGUUUCUUUGGUCUGCGUGGUUGUUGCAUUUAAGGUGAAAACAAAAACCAGCAGUCACUGUGGCUCCACAGAACCAAGGUUGGCCACCCCUGAUAUACAGCAAGAGCUCCUUUGGCUGCGUUGUUUUAUUUUGUUACUGAUUAGUCUGCACUGGUGGUAACUCGGGUAGUACACUGGGACCAAAGGUAUUUGGAAUAAAUACGAACAUAAAUAAUAAAUAAUGGAGUAAUAUGGAAUAUAUUAACUUGCUUUUCAAUGGUAAUGAAAUUCGGUAAAUUGGAAUUGUAACAUUAACUGGCAAUGGGUGCUAUUGCGCUAAGUCACUUAAUUAAGGUAUUGAUUCAUCCACGUCAGUGACUGCAGUCAGACCUGUAAAUGGUUCUUCAAUCCAUUGAUACCCAGUAUAAUGUAAAGCUGCAAAUAAGAGAUAAAUCUCGCGCUUACAUCUGAGGCAGAACAGUGGUGCAACUUUAAUUUGCCCCGCCUUCACUUUAGAGUGUAAAGUGUUUUUUUUUGUUUUGUUUUUUUUUUGUUUUUGGUAUUCCAGAAAUGUUUUUACUGUUCUAUUUCAUUUCAAUGCAUAAGUAUUAUAUUCAAGCACUUAUAGCUGUUCUUCGCUGUUUGAGAUGGAAACGGUGUUUCUGAAUGUAGUCAUCAGGAAAGCUCCCCUUAUGUGUGUGCCUUCAAGAGAAUAUACUAAGUUGCUUCCAUCAUGACACCUAAACAGCGAGACAUUCACUGGUUGUGUAGCCUGAUAGGUUGUAUGGUAGAUCUCAGAUCCUGAUAGUGCUUUAGUAUUACUGUAGAAUGUAUGUUGGUGUUGAGCUGUUCUGGAACCAGUUUUCAUCCACCCUGACUAAACCAAAGGCUUUGAUUAUUGAGGCCAGCCACCUUGUUAGUCCAGGGGGCCAAUGUAGAAUUAUAAUGGUGAAGUUGGCCCCAGCCUGAAUCAUAAGCUUGGGGUGUGGGGGGGUGGGGGGCUGUUGUGUUUGUAAUGACUGACUCGUAACCAACCUUGAGGCUAUAAUUUUUGUGUUUUUUUAAUUUUUUAAAACUGCAAUAUUGGAUCACUUCAGCUAUGUAGUCCAGUCAGCAGGCCUCUGUCCAUUGAGCUGAAUGACACACAAAGCCAGCGGCGCCACUGCAGGAAGCUAACGGUGCCCUCCACGCGCGGUUCAGAUUUGCGGUCGCGGUGUCGCGACCGUGCGAGGACUUUCUUCGCUGGCUGAGCGACGCGUUCGCGCCGACGCCGCGCCGGCCCGCUGCUGGCAGCGCCGGGAAGCGGCACCGACCGUAACGAUCUAGAACCCAGGCUGACGUCACCCGUCACCCCGUUCCCCGUUCUGAGAUUCUACAUGUCAUCAAUUCAGCUGCGUUUCAAUCAAUCAAUCAAUCAGUUUUUAUUUAAAGUGCAGAAUCACCAUGCAUCAUGGUCCCAAUACGCUUUACUAAUAAUGCAGAACAGAGAUGCAUUAAAGAAAAAGCUUCACGCGCUUUCAGACGAAAGCGUGAAAAGGCGCGGCCGUGGCCGUUUGGAUGUGCAGAGGGGUCUGUCUCUGCCUGGGGCUGGCUCUCCUUCCUUUGCAAUAGUGCGUGAUUGGGAUUGGGACAUCCUGUGAGAACGGGAUGAAGGAUGGUUCGCACGUCACAUGUCAGAUCUCACACGUGCGGCCUCUGCUGGGUCGCGCACACACACACACACACACACGCACAUACACGAAUGUGAGCCCUUUACUGCUGCUCUUAGCGAAACCUCUGAUGAAUGUGUCUAAUGUUUUCCGUUCUUACUCCAGAGGGUAAAAAAUAACUCAAAUUCAGUUCAUUGUUGGAAUGCUAAUAACGGAAGUAUGAGAUAGCGGAGUGAAUUUGGAAAUUGAGGGCUUUCAUUUGGAAAAUAAGAGUGGGCUUACCAACACAGUUUAAAAAAAACAAAAAAAAAAACAA